AUGACUUUCUCAGUGUCUAAACAAUAUGCCGUCAUCAAAUCUCAAAGCCAUCCAGCCCUAGGUUCUCCCUCUCCAAAACCCUUCCUUACAUUUUGCCAGGCUCCACGCAAGGUACGCGUCCGUUAUCACUGGCAGCUGCUCAGCAAACGCCUUGUUCCUAAGGAGGACACGAUCACGACGGGUGCGGUUAUCCACCCAUCAAACACGAUUGUUGCUGCUCGCAAAGAACCUCUCUUGCAAGACCUAUCUAAACACUCUGACCAAGCGUUCGUGAGAUCGCUCCUAUGUCAACACCAUCCAGUGGCCGCCCCUACCCAGGGUGGCCAUAUUCAAGACCUGCACAAUUUGCUGCAAGGUAUGACACUGUCAGAUUCAUCAUUCGAUACCGUGACUUGGAGCCGCAAGACCACGGAAGAGUCCAUCAGCCUGUCGAGAUCAUCGUUCACGCCGUCCACGUCCACCAGCACUCGUUCCGUUCCGAAGAACAAAGCACCCAUUCCCCCUUCCACUUCAGCUCGCUCUACUGCUACACCAUCCCACCCUCAUCCUCAAGCUUCAUCGAUGGUUGUGCAGACACCCCGCCAAGUCACGGCCUCCAUUCCGAUUCCUAGUGCCAUCCGUCCUCCACGAGCCGAUCAGACACCCGAAGGAUUCUGGGUGAUAACGGUUGGGCAGGAAGUUGGUGUGUUUUACCGCUGGGCUGAUGUUGCCGAACGAACAAAUUUUAUCAGCGCCAGCUAUGAUGAAGGCAGGGUCCGGGCGGUUCCACUGGCAGGUGGCCCUUUCUGGCCAUCCCCUCCAGAGUCCUCGCCCAACCCUCCUUCACCUACAUUGUCUAUGGGCUCAUCUGCGAGUGAAGACUCACUAUGGUUGCAGGUCGAAGACUUGACGGAGACAAUGAGCCAGCUUUAA